GAGUCGGCCUCUCGACUCUCCAUCUGCUCUCCAAGUUUGCAACGCGUCGAGACAACAUCCAUCCACUCAGCUGCAUGGAUACCCCGCACCGCGUAACCCGGCAUCUCUAUCUUUAUUUAUUACUUGCACCGCAAAAGCGCUUUCGUCCCACCAGCCCAAAGGACAUGAGCCAGCGGCAAUCUCAAAGGGGGCAGGCCGAGCCCGUGCUCCCCGUCUCCGGAGACCCCGUGGCUCGCAGCGAGCGUGAUGCCCUCCUCAAACGUGACGACCCCGGGCUCGUCGUCGCCGAGACCGACCUCCCCGGGAAACGCCUUGUCACGGCUUCCACCGGCGGCCAGCUCGUUCGAGGCUUGCAUUUUUUCUAUCAAUUGUUACAAUGAUGGGGGACCAGUUACCCCUUCCAACUCCACGCUUCAGGUUGUGGCGCAGUUCGCAGUUCCGGCGCCGGCUGCUGGAGGGGCACCGCCGGAGGGUGAACCGGUGACGAUGGGGGAGGCACUGGAAGCAGAGGUAUUGACGGACGGAGAGAAAAAGGUGGACCGCGCCGACGCGGCGGCGAUCCAGGCAGCCGAGGUCCGGGCAACGGGGCUUGGAGGCGUGACGCCGGGGGGCGUGGGCUCGGAGGCGCAGGCAGCGGCGGCCUCCAACGCCCGCGGCGAGCAAGAAGUCAGUCUCCGUGACGUCCUAAGGGAUGCGACGUCGAAGAUUCGGAGGGACAAGGUGGUCACCCCGGAAGACUCACGGAAGGUGGCGGCGGCGGAACAGCGGAACCGGGGUCAAGGAGCGUCGGAGGGGGGCGUGGCGGCGUCGGUGGUGGCAGCAUCGAGGCUCAAUGAGAACAGAAAGGCAUAGAGGGGCUGUUCAAGUCUCUUCUUCUUUAUCAGCAAGCAAUGCUUUUAGUGCGUUUUAGUACCACAAAUAUGCUUAUCUUAAGAAGGCCUUUGCAUGGAGAUAUGUACAUGCUUUGCUUGAGAUGCAGCGAGCUGGAGCAAGAAAGUGAAGUUGGGAAGUAGCAAUAAAUAGAGAAAGAUGUUUUCGUAGCUCAAAACUGUACUUCAGUUAGCUGGCGUGCUUUAUUCUUGCUGCUUUUUAUAUUUCUAGUAAUGUGAAUAUAUGGUGGGGCAUAACAGCAAGAGUUCCAAAUCAAAAGUGCUGUGCAUCAAAGUAUAAUUCAUUAAAUCUUUA